AAAUCGGAACUCGGCCGCGUGUAACAUCUUGAGUGCGAUAAGUGCGAGAACGUGCGUGUCGUUGUCGUUGCGUUGUCGCCGGCUCGUUUGGAAAAUAAGUAUAUAGCGCCGUCUGUUGUGGAUUGUGCUUAAUCGCGGACACGAGGCAUCCUCGUCGAUGCGAUAAAGCGCGUGAGCGGUUCUUUGUGCCGGGGACGCGGUGAUGAAUUGCUUGUGCACUCACGUAUCGUCGCUAUCGUUUAUUUCUCGCGUUGCGAGAGGAAUGACUACCCGUACCGAGAGUAUUCUUGAGCGUGUCAAACAUCCUUUAAGCGGACAACGUUAUCGUUUUCGCGGUGAACGCUCGACAAGUACCUGAACUCUAGAAAGUGAUCGUUGGUUGUGGUGCGGCGUGUUCGUUUCCGGCGGAUUGAGCAGUAAGGUCGCGAGAGAAGAAGAAAAUUUAAGUCGAAAGAGUAAACAGAGAGCGUUUCAACGGGACAGUGACACGGCAAGAAAAAUAUCGAAGGCACGCGAUACAAUUCCACACGGUGUCAACCGAAAGACAUUACUGUCAAGGCUGCUUUUGAUCUCGGCAGGAAACGGGAAGCGAGCGAGUUCUUGCCACUGCACUUAUGCUUAUCUAGCCUCUGCCUCGAUCGUCGAACAAAAAGGCCACUUAUGAGGUCCACGCUUUUUUCUGCGCGGCCGUGUAGACUGGCAGAUAGGUUUCGCGCGGUGCAUUAGCUGCGAUCUGAAAAUCAAUUCUCGCUACGGUUGUGAGAACAGAAACGUGUCACGAGUGAGUAUCUAUCGAUGAAGAGUAUAUAGGCUUUUGGCUGAAAGCGGCGUUCACUUAUCGCGGUAAUAGUUGUUUAGAAGAACGAGAGAGAAAGGGAGAGAGGAAAAGAGAGAAAAGUAAGUAAAGGAUUGAGAAAGAGGAGGUGGUGCAAGUACGUAUCGAAGAGAAUCGUGGGUGGAGAAGCAAGAGCUCUUUUCUCGAUAAGGCCAGCAACAAGCAAGAAUUAUCAGCAGUAAAUUAUAUUACUGUUGGCUAGGAAAAAUCACCGACGAAAUAAUUACCUAGUGCGUGGCGAGUGGAAAACGAUUAAUCGUACCUUCGGUUAUUCCCGGCCGGACCCUGUGAAUCGGUCAGUUUUAAAAACACCAAGCGAAAGCACAGGGCGCAAGGUGCGUGGGAGUGGUGCGUAUCUUGUGUGUCGUGGGCGGUGUUCAAUGAUCAUUGUAGUGUUGUUCUGCAUCUUGUCGUUUGUAGACGCGCGUCGAAUUGGUCUGGAUGCCAGUUUUAGAGGGUGGUGUAGCUAAGAAGCGAAGUGUCGAUAGGGCAGCUCGCAAAAUGCGGAUGAGACUUUGCACCGGCUCCAAGGAGUCGUACACGCUCCUAUCCAAGAAACGGAGACAACAGCUCGAACAAUCGGUGUAUUGUGAGGCUGAAUCCCGGCGUACCGCUGUCGAAGAUGAAAGACAAGAUAUUCAAGGUGCCAACCAGGAAAAGAUAAAGGGUACUACGCAAGAUUUAUUCGAAUUGUUGGAAAGAGUGCAGUGUUCGCGUCUUGAUGAUCAACGAUGCGUUUUACCACCGUACUUCUCUCAGACCCCGAGGGAGGACAGGGCAGCGUCGAGUCCUGGUAAUCAGAAUAAUCACACACCCACGCCAUCCCCGUCACCAGUUGGCGAUGCACCCGCUGGCAGGGCUCUUAUGGAGGCUGCGCUUCAGCAAGCCACUUCCGGAACUCAGCCACCUCUUGUGGUGACACCGCCUGGAUACUGGGUCGACGGUACCGAUCAUCGACACGCCCUGGACUCAGCUGGCAGGGCGUUACUUCCGGCGCAGCCUGCAUGGCAACCCAGGAUAGACCAAGAUGAUACAGCCAAAUGCUAUAGGCGAUUCUUCGUUGGAAGGGAGCACGUGAAUCUGGUGGGAAGGGACGGAGAGAACGGGCCGGUCCUCGUCUCGGUGAAGGCCGAGACGGUUGCUGGACAGGAGCAUUGGAGAGUCUUGUUGCGAUUGCGAGCGGGUUCGACUCACGAAUUGGUACCGGCCGCGAAUCUCGGCCCGAAUCCAUCACCUGCGAAAAUGGUCAAGGCGAUCAACGAAUCCCUGAACGUGAGCACGCUGAUGCCGGUUGUCUGUUCCGGUGCUGGUACACUGAUAGCACGGUAUGACGAACAUGCCUUGGUAUCGAGGUUUAAAUUCGGUGUUCUUCACCAACGUGCCGGCCAAGUUACCGAAGAACAACUCUUUGGAAAUAGACAAAUUACACCAGCUUUCCAAGAGUUUCUUGACUUAUUGGGUCAGAAAAUCGACUUGAAAGAUCACAAAGGAUACCGCGGAGGUUUGGAUACUCGACAUGGACAGACCGGAGAUUCCGCGGUAUACGAAGUAUUUCGAGGUCGAGAAGUGCUGUUUCAUGUGGCUUCUCUGUUGCCAUACAGUCCAGGAGACUCUCAGCAAUUGCAGCGUAAAAGACACAUCGGCAAUGACAUCGUCGCGAUAAUAUUCCAAGAGGAGCCAACCCCUUUCAGUCCAGAUAUGAUCGCCAGUCACUUCUUACAUGCAUUCAUCGUGGUACAAGUCGUCGACCCCUGCACUCCUAAUACAAGGUACAAGGUCAGUAUAACGGCACGAAACGAUGUUCCCUGGUUUGGUCCAGCUUUGCCAACACCAGCUGUAUUUUUGCGGGGAGUCGAUUUCAAGGAAUUCCUUUUGACGAAAUUAGUGAACGCUGAGAAUGCGGCGUAUAAAGCUGAGAAAUUUUCAAAACUUGAGCUAAGAACGAGGUCAGCUCUGUUAGAAUCUUUAACGGAAGAAUUACAAGCAAAGACUGCGGAAUUUCUCGGUGGAGCGAUCGGCUUAGGAGCUACCGGUAUGGGGUUUGGAGGAAAUUGCCCAGUAAGUCCAACAGCAAGUGAUGCGUCAGGAUCUGGUAGCGGUGGAAGUGGUUCUAGAUUUAUUGAUACCGUUCGAAAGGCGCUGAUAUCGCGUGUUAGAAAUGCCUCGACGGAGAGCGUACCACAACAAUUAUCGAAAAAGGGCCAGUCAGAGCCUAGUCCACCGAGCAAUCGACAAUCGACCACGAAAAUUAGUAGCAAACGUUCGGUAGAACCUUCGAGUCCCUUAGGUUCUCCGGAUUUAACCCUUAGAAGAGAUUCAGAACGUGGAAGCCCUAGCUUAGGAAGUCAGGACAGUAGUUUAUCCAAUACAGACAAUCAAGAUAGUAGUUUGGCUACCUUACAACAAGAUGAAGUUGAUCGUAGAGAAUCCACUACUUCAAUUUGUGCUAGCAAUGACACGACGUUGGUGGACAAAACUUCUGUAUCGUCUGUUCAAAGACUGACUCACGAAAAUUUACGAAAACAAGAGCGAUCCGAGAAAACAGAAACAACACAGCGUGUUAUUUCGGAAAGUGACGAUAGCUCAUUAAAUAGCGAGCUGGAGCUAGACCAAGCUGUAUAUCCCGACAGCGAUACAGGCCUCGAAUCAAUGAGUUCAGCUGAAACUCAUGAUACAGCAAGAUGUACCACUAAGGAUGGCGUUUUAGAAAAUGAAAAUUUACGAAUGGAAGUCACUAGGCUUAAAUGCGAUAAGUUAGAUUUAUUGAGGCAAAAUGUGACUUGCCAACGUGAUAUAAAACGUCUACGAGAAAAGGAACUUCAGUUGCAAUCCGACCUUGCAGCUGCUUCAAAAGAAAUUCUUCGAUUGCGAGCAAUGUUGAAAGAAUGUUCGACGAGUAUUCCAUUGGAUAACAAUAAUCAGCAAACGUCUACCGUUUAAAGAUCUCCUUGAGAUACGUUUAAUAUGCCUUUGUCGGCGAAUAAAACUUCCCGUUGCAAUUAUUAGAUUUUAAUAAUUAGUUAGGUGCAGUAGUUGAAAACUCUAUACAUCGUACUUUUUCGGAAUUGCUUCUUCUAAAGAAAUUUUUCCGAAGUAGUUUGCAAAGAGUUUGAAACUCGCAAUUGAGAAAUGCUUUAUGUUAUGUUGUAACAUUGUGGUUGAACUUCUUUAGGUAGAAAUUGAUACAAACGCUGUAUAUUACAAAAGGACGGGUCAGUGAAGAAUAUUUAGAGGAAAUGUUUUGCGAUAUAACUAUAGUGAUGCGUCUUUCGAAAUAUUAACAAUGUAGACGCCAAUUGUUACUUGUAGAAAUAUUUGUUUGACUUUUAACAAUAUUAUUUAUCUAUUAAUUUAUUAGUAGGUGUAAGUUAAUCUCUAAUAGUCAAUAUAGAUACAAAUAAAUGAUCACACAUGCACACGCAACACAUAAAUAUCAAUAGGAAUGUUUAAAAAAGUAGGUACAUCUUGUCAUUAUAUAAUAGAUAGAUUAGAAUAAAAAGUAAAAUGGCCUUUAGACUUAGUUUCUGAAAUCAAGAGUAAAUAUACAGAAAUUAAUAUAACAUAUUUUAUCUGUAAUAAUUAAAUGUGCAUAAAUCGAAAUCGAUAUAUAUAAUAUAUAUGAUAUAUGAUAUAUAUACACAUAUAUAUAACAUAUAUAUAUAUAUGUAUAUAUAAAGCAGCAGUUACAGUUCUCGUACCGU